ACACCAAACCCCCAGAAAAUUAAGAAGAAGAAGAGAAAAAAGGCCACUUUUACUUUCUCCUUCUUCUCCUCACCUCAAUCUCUCUUUGGAUUCUGUUUAAGCUAAGUACAUUUUAGGGUUUAUCCGAGCUCCAAAUCCACUCGAUCUCUUGAGUCUCUUUGCCAAAAGCUUAGCUCUUUCCAUCUGUGUAACUCUGCUUGUUGCAGGAGAAGCUUAGAAACAUAUCAUAGAAGAUGGAUAUUUGAUUUUUUUUUUUCUUUCUCAGAGGUUUGUAUACUGUGGAAGAAAAAGAAGCUGCAAUGGGGUCGUUUGCUGGUUCCUGUGAAAUUGUGGAAGAGAAAGACGAAGAACUGAGGAUGGCAAAAGCACACUCAGGGAGAUAUGGUAAACCUUCUUUGGGAGGAUCAUCAAGCAAAGACUCAGAGCGGAAGCAGCGAGAGUAUCACGGCUCUCUCGAGUACGACAUCGAUAAGCUUUUUCAGUCCAUACCCGUGAAACCACCGACGAGGAGGCUACUGAGUUCUUCUUUCCAUAACAACUUUGAGACAAGCGCGAGUGCUGGUCCGAGCAGGACCACGAGCCCUUCAACGAGAAGCGCCAUGAAGAAGCCAAUGACGCCUCAGUCGCCUAGAGUUGCUGACUCGCUUUCUUUGAAGCAGGCUCUGAGGGACCGUUGCAUUUCCAAGGCCUCGGAGAUGGCUGCUCAGAAACGGUUGUCUAAAUCAGCAGCUGCGUCUCCGAGGGUCUCUGAAGCUGACAGGAUUAAGAGUUUGUAUAAUCAAUCCACCAGGCUUGUUCCUGUGGACAAGGGUAAAGGAACCUUGGUUAGUGAGACAUCUUUGAUGCCGGUAAACAAAGAUAUACCAAGCACUUCGAGGAGCGUGUCUCAACGGUCUGAAGAGCCUCCUAACCCUGUCUCUGAGCCAUCUCAAGCUGGAACCAACAGAUCCGGGUCUUGUCUAAGUUCUGGCAGUGGAGAUUGUGAGGUAGAGUUAGAUGAAAACGUUGCCUCCACUUCGGCUCAAGAUGAUGUGCAAGAAGUAGACAAACAUGUUACCUCACUACUGCCUUCUGAUUCUAGCAACAAAGACAAUGCAGAAGAGCUUGAAAAGAAGAUUCUCGCAACCACUCUGGAUUUGGAGCAGACAGUGAAGUUUGAUGACUCACCACCAGAGAAAAGCAAAACGGUGCGCAAGGUAACAAGAAUGAUCCCGCGUCCCAAAAAGAAGAUUUUGGUUAAGAAGAAGUUGAAAAUUGGGAUAGUUUCAACUAAAAAGGAUGAAGAAACCAAUAAACUCCUCUGCCAAAGAUGUCACUGUUCGUUGAAGAGCACCAGCAUCAUCAAUAACCAACCGCCCUCCUAUACUACCAGUCAUGAAGUAGCCGAUGAGAACUCAUCUGGUUCUUGCAAUGUUAGUCAAAGCUCUGAAGCUGAGAUUGUUGUCAUGAAACAAAACGUUUCCUCUAGCAAUAAUGACAGUGGCAACAAAUUCGAAUUCUCCUUGAGUUCAAAAGACAGUCUUGGGGAUUACAGCAGGAGCACAAGCAUGAGCGAGGAGAGCAAUCUUAGCAGCAGGUUCAGCUGUGGGAACAAGCCUCACAUGUCGAUGGAUGUGAGAUGGGAAGCGAUUAAGCACGUCAAGUUGCAAUGCGGCGGCUCUUUGGGGUUAAGACACUUCAACCUUUUGAAGAAACUCGGUUGUGGAGAUAUAGGGACAGUGUAUCUCGCCGAGCUGAUUGGUACGAACUGUUUGUUUGCUAUAAAGGUCAUGGACAACGAGUUCUUGGCGAGAAGGAAGAAGAGUCCAAGGGCACAAGCGGAGCGUGAAAUACUUAAAAUGUUGGACCAUCCUUUUCUUCCUACGUUGUACGCUCAGUUUACUUCGGAUAACUUGUCUUGUCUGGUCAUGGAGUAUUGUCCUGGAGGAGAUGUUCACGUGCUUAGACAGAAGCAGCUAGGACGAUGUUUCCCUGAACCAGCAGCAAGGUUCUAUGUUGCAGAAAUCCUUCUUGCAUUGGAGUACUUACACAUGCUUGGUAUCAUAUACCGAGACCUGAAGCCGGAGAACAUUCUAGUCCGUGAAGAUGGACACAUUAUGCUCACAGAUUUCGACCUCUCACUUCGAUGUGCAGUGAACCCAACUCUUCUCACAUCAACUUCCCCUCCUGACCCCGCCAGAAUGUCAGAUCCAUACAACACAUCAAACUGCAUACAACCGUUCUGCGUCAACGAACAGUCUUGCCAGGUCUCCUGUUUCAGUCCAAGACUCUCCUCAAACCAACAACAACAAGGCCGGAAACCGAAACUCCCUGAUCAACACUUGAAGAGAUCAUCGUUGCCUCAGCUCGUGGCUGAACCAACAGAAGCAAGAUCCAACUCCUUUGUUGGAACACACGAGUACUUAGCUCCUGAGAUCAUCAAAGGAGAAGGACACGGCGCCGCAGUUGACUGGUGGACUUUCGGGGUUCUUCUCUACGAGCUUCUGUACGGGAAAACGCCUUUCAAAGGCUACAACAACGACCAGACUUUGGCUAAUGUUGUCUUGGAGAACCUCAAGUUUCCUGAUAGCCCGCUGGUGAGCUUCCAGGCGAAGGAUUUGAUCAGAGGGCUUCUGGUGAAAGAACCAGAGAACCGGUUCGGGACAGAGAAAGGAUCUGCAGAGAUCAAAAGACAUCCUUUCUUUGAAGGGUUGAACUGGGCUCUUAUCCGGUGCGCCACACCGCCUGAGCUGCCAGAUUGCUAUGAUUUUGGAGGUGGACCGGGCUCACCUGGAGGCAAUGAUGAUAGGUAUCUUGAAUGUAAAGCUAUAGGGGACCAUCUUGAGUUUGAGUUGUUUUAAGUUAAAGGUUCUUGAGCUAAGACUGGUAAAAGUAUUCAUAGUAAACGUUGCUGUAAUCUAUAUCAUGUCUAAUAUGUAAAGUGUAGCCUCUUCUGAGAUAUAAUCUCAUAUGUUCCUUCCA